AUGAGUACCCUCUUAGAAAGACUUCACGUGAAGUACAACCAGAACAGACCUUGGACAGAAACCAUGAAGUUAGUCCGUCAAGUCAUGGAAAAACGAGUUGUGAUGAACUCUGGGGGGCACCAGCACCUGGUGAGCUGCUUGGAGACUCUGCAGAAAGCAUUAAAAGUGUCCUCUCUGCCUGCCAUGACGGAUCGCUUGGAGUCUAUAGCCAGGCAGAAUGGCCUUGGAUCUCACCUUAGUGCAAAUGGCACUGAAUGUUACAUCACCUCAGACAUGUUCUAUGUGGAAGUCCAGUUAGAUCCUACAGGGCUGCUCUGUGAUGUGAAGGUGGCUCACCAUGGAGAGAACCCCGUGAGUUGUCCAGAAUUGGUUCAGCAUCUGAGAGAGAAAAAUUUUGAUGAGUUUUCUAAGCAUCUAAGGGGGCUUGUGAACCUGUAUAAGUUGCCCGGAGAAAACAAACUUAAAACUAAAAUGUACUUAGCUCUGCAGUCCUUAGAGCUGGAUCUCUCCAAAAUGGCAGGGAUGUAUUGGCAGGCCACCAACGCAAAUCCCCUCGACAAGAUUCUUCACGGCAGUGUUGGCUAUCUCACCCCCAGGAGCGGAGGUCUUCUGAUGAAUCUCAAGUAUUACGUCUCACCCUAUGAUUUAUUUGAAGACGGCACCGGAGCCCCCGUUAUUUUGCACGAGAACAACGUUCCUCGGUCUUUGGGUAUGAACGUGUCAGUAACAGUUGAGGGAACCAUGGCGAUGUACAAACUUCCAAUCGCUCCUCUGAUCAUGGGCUCCCACCCGGUUGACAGCAAAGGAACCCCGUCAUUCUCGUCCAUCACCAGUGCCAACAGCGUGGACUUACCAGCUUGUUUCUUCCUGAAAUUCCCACGUCCCAUUCCAGUGUCUCGAGCUUUCAUUCAGAAGCUGCAGGGCUGCACAGGGAUUCCGUUGUUUGACACGCCACCGACGUUCGUACCCUUGUAUGAGUUGAUCACACAGUUUGAAUUGUCCAAGGAGGCCGAUCCUCUACCUUUAAACCACAACAUGCGCUUCUAUGCAGCUCUUCCAGGACAGCAGCACUGUUACUUUCUGAACAAAGAUGCUCCUCUACCAGAUGGAAGAAGCCUUCAAGGAACUCUGAUCAGUAAAAUCGCCUUCCAGCACCCUGGACGGGUUCCUCUCAUCCUCAAUUUGAUCAGGCAUCAGGUGGCGUACAACACGCUCAUUGGCAGCUGCGUCAAGCGGACAGUUUUAAAAGAAGAUUCUCCCGGGAUCCUGCAGUUUGAGGUUUGUCCUCUCUCUGACUCCUGCUUUAGUGUAUCCUUUCAGCAUCCCGUCAACGACUCCCUGGUGUGUGUGGUGAUGGAUGUGCAAGACUCUACUCACGUGAACUGUAAGCUGUACAAAGGGCUGUCCGAUGCUCUGAUCUGUACAGAUGAUUUCAUUGCCAAAGUUGUUCAAAGGUGUAUGUCCAUUCCCGUGACCAUGAGAGCGAUCCGUAGAAAGGCAGAAACGAUUCAAGCCGACACCCCAGCCUUGUCCCUCAUUGCAGAGACAGUAGAAGAUAUGGUGAAGAAAAACCUGCCCCCCGCCAGCAGCCCAGGGUAUGGCAUGACCACAGGCAGCAACCCAAUGAGUGGUACCACUACCCCGACAAACACUUUUCCCGGGGGGCCCAUCACUACUUUGUUUAACAUAAGCAUGAAAGAGAGGCAUGACUCGGUGGGCCAUGGGGAGGACUUCAGCAAAGUGUCUCAGAACCCGAUUCUCACUAGUUUGUUGCAGAUCACAGGGAAUGUGGGCUCUACCAUUGGCUCCAGUCCAACCCCUCCCCAUCACACACCACCACCAGUAUCCUCACCAGCAAGCAACACCAAGAACCACCCCAUGCUCAUGAACCUUCUUAAAGAGAAUCCCCCUCAGGAUUUCUCCACUCUGUACGGGAGCAGCCCUCUCGAAAGGCAGAACUCUUCCUCUGGCUCCCCCAGAAUGGAGGUGGGCCCUGGGGGGAAUAAGCAAAAGAAAAAAAAAUCCCGCAUGCCGGCCGACAAGCCCAAGCAUCAGACUGAGGAUGAUUUCCAGAGGGAGCUCUUCUCAAUGGAUGUUGACUCCCAGAAUCCCAUUUUUGAUGUCAACAUGACUGCAGACACCCUGGACACCCCUCAUAUCACUCCGGCACCCAGCCAGUGCAGCACUCCUCCUACUACAUACCCCCAGCCUAUACCUCACUCGCAGCCCAGUAUUCAGAGAAUGGUUCGACUUUCUAGUUCGGACAGCAUUGGGGCCGAUGUUACCGAUAUCCUCUCGGAUAUAGCAGAGGAGGCUUCCAAGCUCCCCGCCACUAAUGAGGACUGCCCGCCCAUUGGUACUCCCGUGAGAGACUCAUCUAGUUCAGGACAUUCACAAAGUGCCCUCUUUGACCCCGAUGUUUUUCAGACGAACAAUAGUGAGAACCCGUACACAGAUCCAGCAGACCUGAUAGCAGAUGCUGCUGUGAGCCCCAACAGCGAUUCUUCAAACCAUUUCUUCCCCGAUGGAGUAGAUUUCAAUCCUGACUUGCUCAACAGUCAGAGUCAGAGUGGCUUUGGGGAGGAGUACUUUGAUGAGAGUAGUCAGAGUGGAGACACUGAUGAUUUCAAGGGCUACGCCUCCCAGGCUCUAAGCACUUUGGGGGUGCAAGUCUUGGGGGCUGAUGGGGGGGAAAAUAAAUUUAAAGGUGGCAGUCAGUCCGAUACAGUAGAUUUUAGUAUUAUCGCGGCUGCAAGCAAAGCACUGGGGUCCUCUGACAUCAUGGAGCAUCACAGUGGAGGUCAGAGCCCUUUACUGAACGCAGGGGAUAUAGGAAAAGAAAAGUCUCAGAAACGGGUAAAGGAAGGCAACGGUUCUGGAAGUAACGUGGCGGGUCCCGGGAUAGACGGGAAGCCAGGGAAACGCAGCCGGACGCCAUCCAGUGAUGGUAAAAGCAAAGAGAAACUUCCAAAGCGGAAGAAGCAGGACACAGAUGGGAAAUCUCCAUCUCACAGUUCAUCCAACAGACCUUUCACGCCACCGGCCAGCACAGGUGGGUCCAAAUCUCCUGGGAGUUCAGGCAGAUCUCAGACUCCUCCCGGUGUAGCUACUCCUCCUAUUCCAAAAAUAACCAUUCAGAUCCCAAAAGGGACAGUGACUGUUGGCAAACCGUCUUCGCACGGCCAGUAUACGAGUAGUGGCUCUGUCACCUCCUCCAGCAGCAAAAGCCAUCAUAGCCAUUCUUCCUCCUCUUCCUCUUCUUCCUCCUCUUCAACCUCAGGCAAAAUUAAAAGCAGCAAAUCGGAAGGGUCUUCUGGCUCAAAGAUGAGCAGCAGCCUCUACUCAAGCCAAGGCAGCUCCAGUUCAGGUCAGUCCAAAAGCUCAGCUCAGUCGGUGGGAAAGCCUGGAUCGUCGCCCAUCACCAAGCACGGGCUCAGCAGCGGUUCUGGAAGCACCAAGAUGAAACCUCAAGGAAAGCCGUCGUCACUCAUGAACCCUUCCAUGAGUAAACCAAACAUCUCUCCGUCUCAUUCCAGACCUUCCGGAGGUUCGGACAAGCUUGCUUCUCCCAUGAAACCCGUGCCAGGUACUCCGCCGUCAUCUAAAGCCAAAUCACCUAUCAGUUCAGGUUCCGGAGGCUCCCAUAUGUCUGGGACCGGAUCGAGCUCAAGUAUGAAAUCGUCUUCAGGAAUGGGAUCCUCCGGGUCUAUGUCACAGAAACCGCCUCCGUCGUCAAACUCUUCGACGGCCUCUUCAUCUUCCUUUUCGUCUAGCGGGUCUUCCAUGUCUUCAUCUCAAAACCAGCAUGGAAGCUCCAAGGGCAAAUCUCCAAGCAGGAACAAGAAGCCAUCUCUGACUGCAGUCAUAGACAAACUGAAACACGGGGUUGUCACUAGUGGGCCUGGUGGAGAAGACCCGAUGGACGGACAAAUGGGGCCAAGUUCCAAUUCCUCAAGCCAUACUAUGUCCUCCAAACACAAUAUGUCCGGAGGCGAGUUCCAGGGCAAACGUGAGAAAAGUGACAAAGAGAAAUCUAAAGUCUCGGUUUCUGGAGGAUCUGUUGACCCUUCCAAGAAGGCUUCGGAUUCCAAAAGUGUUGGAAGCACUGGAGUGGCCAAAAUUAUCAUCAGCAAACACGACGGUGGUUCCCCUAGCAUUAAAGCCAAAGUAACUUUGCAGAAACCUGGGGAAGGAGGUGGGGAUGGCCUGAGGCCUCAGAUGGCUUCUUCCAAAAGCUACGGGUCCCCUCUCAUCAGCGGAUCGACUCCAAAACACGAGCGCUGCUCCCCCCCCAGCCACAGCAAGUCACCAGCAUACACCCCCCAAAACAUCGACAGCGAGAGCGAGUCGGGCUCUUCCAUAGCGGAGAAGUCCUACCAGAACAGCCCCAGCUCUGACGACGGCAUCAGGCCUCUGCCCGAGUAUAGCUCAGAAAAACACAAGAAGCACAAAAAGGAGAAGAAAAAAGUGAAAGACAAAGACCGGGACAGGGAUCGGGAUCGCGAUAAGGACAGAGACAAGAAGAAAUCUCACAGCCUGAAGCCGGAGAGCUGGUCCAAGUCCCCGAUUUCGGCAGACCAGUCUCUCUCCAUGGCGAGCAGCGCUAUCCUGUCAGCUGAGCGGCCGUCCCGGGCCAGCCCCGAGUUUUUGAUUGGGGAAGAAGAUGACGAUCUCAUGGAUGUGGCUCUAAUUGGCAAUUAA